GCAGAUUGUUAUAUAUAAAUGCCUUAGAACUUUGGGUCCAAACCUGUGCUAGAUAGUGGAACUGAGAAAAAUAAAUAGAAGGUUUUGGCAAUUAGCAUGGGCAUUCUCAGCUGGAGCUUCAUGUCAUGGUGAUACAUUUAUUUUAUUUAUUUGCUUUUAUCUAUCCUACUGUAGCCCCUUUUUCAGGAUGCACUCAUUUGCCAUUAAGUUAAUUAUUAUCAAAAGCAUAUAUUCAAUGAAAUCUCAGUCGAACUCAGAAGUACUUAUCUCAGUCGAUGAAGAUGCAAGGAAAAUAAGAUAAAAUGAAAGAAUAAGAAAACAGCGUAUGAUUCUUUGAUGUGAACAAUUCUCUCGAUUCUACUGCAAAAAAGUCACUCACGCCAUCUGAUAUGAGUGGGCUAUUUUCUACUUUUGGCAGGUUAAAUGGAGGAAACUUAUCCUUUUCUUCCUUCACCAUUGGCUCUGUAUUUAUAUAGGACUAUAAUACAUAUUUCCCAAUCUAAAUUAUUACAAAUAUGACUAAAACUCUGUAUUUAAAUUAUUACAAAGAUAUCUGACUAAAACUCCAAAUCUAAAUCUCUAAGCUUUAAAAAUAAUCUUAAUAUCAUUAGUAUAUGAUAUAAUUCCAUAUCAUAUAUUUGUAAAUAUUAUAAACAUAUCCAUUGAAUACGUGCAUGUUGAUCCCAAACAGCAUCGUAAAUCCCCAUAUGGUUUAUAUCAUAUACUAUGGCACCAUAACAUUUCUAUUAAUUUUUUUUUUUUUAACUCAGAAUAUUAAUGCGGGGCCACAAGGAGGAAGAUCUCACUAAAAGCCAACAGCAAUAUACCAAGCAUGGAGAAUCUCCCUUCAUUGCUUUACAGGAACCCAAGAAGGAGCUCCAGGCAAUCCAGCAGAUACCUUGGUGUCCGCCGGCGGCCAUGGGGGAGGUAUGCUGCGGAGAUUCGAAAUCCAUAUACCAAAGAAAGACACUGGCUUGGCACAUUUGACACUGCUGAGGAAGCUGCUAUAGCUUACGAUCUAUCUUCUAUCUCCUUUAGUGGCAUUGAAAGAGCUCGUACCAAUUUUUAUUACCCUUUCUGGGUGCUUCCGCCGCCUCCUCCACUGGCAGUGGCUGCAGUGCCUCCACCUCCACCAUCACUAACGCCUGCUCAUCAACUGGAAGAGGGUGGUGAACCAGUUAGCAUGGAGACGAUAACUGCCUCACAAGAUGAUGAAUCUAUGGUUAUUGCUUCAAUUUUGCAAAGUUUUUGCCAAUCUACUAAUGGUUCCUUCUAUCCAUAAGCUUAUUAUGCU